CCGGUGUUCACUGCCCGCCCCCUUAAUACAGACCGCGGAUUUUUGAAAAUAACGACAAGUCCAGAAGUAGAAGACAGAGGUUCAUCUUCACCAGCCGAUAUUUGUAAGAUUUUCAGUCUCCAGAGCAUCAUGGCGUCCAUAACUGACCCAAACAUGAGUGACAUGUUUACCAAUUCAAUGAGGGAGAUCCACAACAAACAUCUUAAAGUAUAUGAGGAGAUAAUCGACACAACAGUGGAGUUGUGCCAGUCCCACAGACAGUUUGUGAAAUCUGCACUUGAUACAUGUUUAAAGAAAUGUAAGGAUGAUGAAAUGCUGUUUGACACAAUUCAAACAUUCAAAAGAGACCUGCAACAAAAAAGUGUGUCACUGAAGGAGAAACAGCACGCCAUUUCUGAAGUAAUAUCUGAGGUUCAGCAGAAGGAGAUGCAGAAAGACAGCCUUAUCCAGAAGAUUGAGAAACUUAAAGAGGAACAAGUCAAGAGAAAAGACUUAAUCAAAUCCCAAAAUAAAGCAAACAAGGACAGACUGAGGAAUCUCCAGAAAGCCAGAGUAGUCUUCCAGGAUCAUUUGGGACUGGAGAUACGAACAAUCCAAGGCAAAACACAACUGGUGAAAGGUGAAAAGUUGCAGUUUGUUUUCCGACAUAUCAAUCCUGCUGAUCAGGACAGCGCCUACAUCGUCACAAUGGGGAUCAAAGAAGAUGGAUCAUACCAGAUUGUGUCGAGUGACCCCUCGCUCGAGUGUUUGCCUGUCUUGGAAAAACGGCUUCAGGAGACCAAUAACUUACCAGCAUUCCUGGCAAAUAUCAGGAAGGAGUUUAUCUCACAGGCUCGUUGCUAAGAUUGGAAGGAAAGGAAGAUAAAGAAACUCGCAGCGAACUUCAUGCUGCCUUGGGAACUGAUGUGAGCACAGAGGGCUUCAUGUUCAAGAAAGACGACUGAGGUCUUGGAGAAGAAAAUGUAUAAUUAAUUUUUUGUCUUUUUAUUAACAAUUUUAAAGCAAUAAAGUACAUACACAGAAACCUGA